CCCUUCCUGCUAAGAUGAAGUCCAUCUUCCUCAGCCUUUCUCUGCUCCUCCUUCUAGAGAAGAAAGCAGCUGGGAUAGAAUUCUAUGGUGGGACAAAAGGACACUUUGUAGUAAAAACAUCCCCACUCGUAUUUCUCGGAAAUGGCCAGUUUCUCUAUGGUCACAAAGAAGAACAGGAAGAGGCCCCUGAAGAAAGCAUCUUUGUGCAAACUAAGCACCAUGCAUAUGGCCAGGAUGUUGAUGCUGACAUGGGAGAGGCUCACAGUUCACAGGAACAGACAGGUAUAAAGGAAGACAUAGUUUGUGAUGAAGAAGAUGAGCUUGCCCAACAAAAAUCCCAGCCACAAUCUCAGUCACAAAUAAAAUCCCAAACUCAAGUGAAAUCCCAUGCAGUCCAGCUGAAGUCCCAAACAGGCCAGCUAAAGACCACAGGGCAGGUGAAAUCACAAACCAAGCUGAAAUCCCACGGAGUCUCUCUGAAGUCCUACAAAGCACCAUUACAUCUCCGAGAAGUCGUUCCUCGGCAAAUCAAGGUCAAAGGAUACAGCCUGGAUGAAGACCUGGCCCAAGUGCGCCAACAGCGGGCAAAGGUUCACAGGCUCAAGGGAAAGCGUGGCCGGUCCCGGAAAACAGCAGCAUUCUUCCCACAGUUUAGACACCGCUCCCAACCCAAUCAUGGGUACUUUGUGCAGUUUCAAGAGCAGCUACAGGGCAGUGUUCAUCACACAAAACCUUUCCACCAUGGUCCCGGGAUGUGCUACUGUCCAAAAGGAGGGUUAAUUCUAUACCCAGACACCUUCACUGGACAAUACAUUCAUUAACCUUUCAAGAAUUAAGACACAUUUAGAGGAGUCACCUGCCCUGUGUGUGUGGACUGUGAUGUCCUUAAGAUGCUGACUGCCCUGUAGUCCUCAAUACCAUGCACGGAUGCCAUGACCUGAUCACAUGUUCCUUCCUGAGACUUUCUAAAGUUGGAGCAACCUCACACAGGUGCUCUCCAGUAAACAGAGCCUUCCUGACAUUAGUUGCUUUUGACUGUCGAAAUCCCCAUGUUCCUACCAGCUUUGGUGUUUGGAUGACAUCUUUUCAAAUGAUAAACUCAAACUGAAAGAACAGAACACUCUUGUAGCGUUACACAUAAUAUAAAACAAGUGUUUCCCAAUAAAGACAUUGUUUUGGC